AUGGAGGCCAGGGAGAUCGUUCGAGAGAAGAAGAAGGUGCCGGAGGGAGAGGAGGUGAAGGCGUCGGCUCAUAUUGAGUCUGCUAUGCAUAUCUACUUCGCCCCAAAGGGUAAGGUAUGGACGGGUCGCAAACGUUGCACCUGCUGCCAGAACCUCCCCCUGAAGGCGAAGAGGAGGAUCUCGAAGGAUGUUCCCGGUAUCAUCCUGAAAUGCAAGCAGAUUUCACCGACGGGGAGGUGCGCUCAGUGCGCUAUCGGGGGGAAUAAGUGCUCGCUGCAGUCGGAUGGUGACGAGUUGGUGAGGGUCAAGAAGGGUCUAGAUGAGGAGCUGCCGUAUGAGGAGACCGAGGCGCUAGCGGUGGCCCUCGAGACCUACUCGAAAAAGAAGGCGAGUCCGAAGGGGAACGUUUUCGUCGAUAAAAAUAGGAUGAAGGACUUCGCCGAGCUAGCUAGAUUUCUAGCUGAUCACGUCGCAGAGCUCAAGGAUGAUCUGCAAGGGUUACCGGUGCGAUACGACGAAGUCGACGAGAUCGAGGUGCUCGACGUCGAUGGUGAUAUCGUGGACUUCUCGUAG